AUGCCACCAGAGUGCUCACUCCAGGCCGAUAACAAAUUCGGCCCUGUAGUAGGUAGCGAGUGCCGUGAUGGGUUUGAUUUUACUCUAUUAUUCGAACAAGCCAUACUUGGUCUCGUUCCUGCGGUCGCAUUUCUCCUCGUGUGUCCCUUUCGAUUGCGGAUUCUGGCCAAGAGAGAAGUGCGCACUCAGCCUCACAAGAUGAGAUUGGCAAAAGUCAAACACGAGGUAAUGUCGAUUCUGCCUCAGAUAACUGCUUUCGUUUUCGCCGCGAUUCAACUCGCCCUAUUGAUCAGCUGGGCAAAGAAAACUCGGCCCACUGCGAAGUUCUCUGUCGCGUCGAGUGCAAUCAACUUGGUAGUGGCAAUGCAAAUUGUGGUCUUGUCGUGGGUGGAAGAUGAACGAUCUGUUAGACCGUCAUCGCUCCUCGCCACCUACCUUCUCUUCACGUUGCUCUUCGAUGUUGUACAGACAAGAAGUUUGUGGUUAUCUCACAGAGAUCACCGUAUUUCUAUUCUGUUCACCACAAGUGUCGCUGCGAAAACAGCAAUGGUGCUUUUGGAGAGUUUGGGGAAGCAAAAACACCUCGUAGGUUCUUAUCAAGACCUUCCACCAGAGUCGACUAGUGGGCUUGUUAAUCGGUCGUUCAUGUGGUGGCUGAAUCGCCUUUUUUUCACGGGCUUUCGAUCCUUGCUAAGUACCGAAGAUCUUGAUCGUCUAGACAAACCCCUGGAGUCCGCGGAAACGGCGCGGAAAGCAUUAAGAGUUUGGGCUCUACGCCGGCAUCCCGAGCGCCGCUUCGAACUCCCAUGGCAAAUGGGCCGAGCGUUCAAAGGUCCACUUGCUUUGAUGGUGCUUCCACGCAUUUUCUUGAUCGGAUUUACCUUCUCACAGCCCUUCUUGAUCGCAUCUGUUCUCAACUGGCUUGAUAACCCACAUAGCGCGAGCAAUCUCGGUUACGGCCUCAUCGGCGCUACACUUCUAAUAUAUUUGGGAAUGGCCCUCUCAACCCUCAUGUACGACCAGAUGUUGUAUCGGUUGGUGACAAUGUUUCGAGGGGCAGCCUCAUCAAUGAUCUACGACCAUGCCUUACACAUCCCUGAUGGCACUCUAGGGGAUCGUUCUGCCACAGUGACUCUAAUGACUACUGACGUUGACCGCAUAAUUGCCAGUCUAAUUACUUUGAAUGAAUUCUGGGCGCGGACGAUUGAAGUUGCCAUUGGCAUUGCGCUACUCGCGCUCCGGUUAGGGUGGGUUUGCCUGAUGCCAUUAAUAAUCGUUCUCAUUUCUAGUGGCGGAAGUAUUUAUAUCUCGAAGCAUAUAGGGGGACAUCAGAAAGUAUGGGUGGAUGCCGUACAGCAACGCAUAUCAAUCACCCGCUCAUUGCUGGACGGUAUCCAGACUAUCAAAGCAACUGGAUUAUCUCGGACCUUUGUUCGGCUUGUACAGAGAAAAAGGACCGAAGAAACCCAUCAAAUGGCCACGUACCGAUGGAGUGUGGUCUGGAAGAAUAUGAUCCAGAAUCUGCCCUGGGCCUUGGCUCCAGCUUUGACCUUCGUCGUCUAUGCUGCUCAAGGAAAGGAGCUGAAUGCUACCAAAGCGUUCAGUAGUCUGUCCAUUAUAACUCUUUUGACUAACCCGGCUUCGAAACUACUAAGUGCGAUUCCUUCCAUAGCGGCUUCGUCGGGAUCUUUUGAUAGAAUACAAGACUUUCUUUUACUGGAAACUAGUCCUCAGCACACAGCGGAGGGUCUCUGUCACACGAGAGAAACGGAAGUUGAUACAUCUCCACACAUCGCCGAAAUGGAAUACAUGUCUUUCAAGGGCCCACUAGACACCACCGACCUUCAAACACCUGUCAUCUCAAUGAAAAAUCUCAGCAUUCGCCCAUCCUCAUCAGCAAAGAUUGUUUUGAGAGAUGUCAACUUAGAAGUCCCUCUCGGAGCACUGGUCAUCAUCCAAGGGCCAAUUGGGUCUGGCAAAUCGACGCUGCUUCGGGCCAUACUUGGCCAGGCGGUUUGCGAGACAGGAUCAAAGACAGUGACCAUUCGACAACCGGCCUUUUGCGCUCAAACACCGUGGGUCCCAAGUGGCACCAUUCGUGAUAUAAUCUGUGGAUCCUUCUCAGCUGCUCCUAUAAGGGAGGACGCAAUUGAUGAGAAGUGGUACGAGGCUGUUCUUCACGCAUGUGACCUCAAUUCGGACCUGGCUCUCCUUCGCGAGGGCGAUGCUACGCAAGUUGGACACGGAUCUGGUCAUAUACUGAGCGGUGGCCAAAUGCAUCGGAUCGCUCUUGCUCGAGCGGUAUAUGUUCGCAAGAAGCUUUUGCUGUUAGAUGAUAUAUUCAGUGCACUGGACCGGAAAACCAAGGGUAAUAUCAUAUCACGUCUUUUCGGUGUUGACGGACUGCUUCGAAAGACAAAAUCGACUAUUGUUUUGGUGACACAUGAGAGUAGGCUUCCUCCAAGCCUAUCAGUGGACCAGCUGCCUUGUGCAGAUCGGAAUUAUUUCCUUUCGGAUGGGCGUCUUAGUCAGGAAGAACCUUGCGUGGGAAAUGCCUAUCAAGAAGUGAGGUCUGACGCUGUGGAAGCUAAGGAACCGACAGGAUUCCCGGACUUGGCGAUAGAAGAUAAAGCCGCCUUGAUCUCCAAGGCGAAUAAGGUUGACGAUCUCAGGAGGGCAGCCGGGGACUCUGCUGUUUAUGCGUAUUAUCUGCGUUACGUUGGGUGGACGAACGCGCUGGUAUUUGUCUUUUUCGUGACAAUGAACGUCUUCUCCAGCACGUAUAGUCAAAUUUGGCUUAAGCGAUGGGCUGAUCGUGGUGGAGGCCAAAAAGCACUCUAUGUCUCGGUGUAUUUCUUCCUUGCCAUUUGCAACACUGUUGGUAAUGGUGGUUAUGUCUGGGCUAUUCUUAUUCUGAUCUCACCAUCAACAGCACGUCGGCUUCAUUAUGUCGUGCUGAAGACUGUCAUGAUGUACAUUCAAUCAUCUUUUCUCGCACAUCAUUCAACUGCUGACACUUCAAGGGCAACGCCUCGAUUUCUAGUAACUGUUGACAUCGGGUCAAUACUGAACCGUUUCAGCCAGGAUAUGACCCUUAUAGAAAGCGAUUUGCCUGUUGGCAUCUUAAUCACUGUCUCAAAUCUCUUUUCGUCAAUUGCCAAUGCUGCUCUAAUUGCAACCGGAUCAACGUACAUGGCAAUAUCCGUGCCUUUCCUGAUCAUCUCCCUCUUUCUCUUACAGCAUUUUUAUCUAAAAACAUCGCGACAACUUCGCUUGCUUGACCUGGAAAGCAGAAGUCCGCUGUACUCCCAUCUUCAUGACACUGUCGAGGGUCUUUCUACAAUUCAGGCAUUUGGCUGGGAAGCAGAAUUUCGAAUUGCCAAUUCAAAAUUGCUGGACGCUACCCAGCGCACGUAUUAUAUGCUUCAUUGUAUUCAGCGCUGGCUCACCUUGGUCCUAGACCUCAUCGUUGCUGCCGAAGCAGUCAUCGUCGUCAGCUUAGCAGUUUCUCUGCGGCAUACAACGAGUGUCGGAUUGCUUGGAGUAUCGCUCAACAGUAUUCUUGCUUUCAAUGGUAGCCUUUCGUCUCUCAUAUCGGGUUGGACACAAUUGGAGAUAUCCCUUGGCUCAAUUUUGCGCGUCAAAGAUUUUGAAAUUCAAGUACCACGUGAAAUUUCAACUGGGCGGGUAGAGGUUUCCAUCGACUGGCCAAGUCGGGGAGCUAUUGAGAUCUCGGACAUGACUGCACAAUACUGCCCUGGAGUAGCAGUACUAAGCAAUGUCUCUGUGAAAAUCUUACCGGGUCAGAAAAUCGGUAUCUACGGGCGUACUGGGAGUGGGAAGAGCUCUCUACUGUCCUCCGUAUUAGGCAUGCUCACUUUGAUACGUGGGUCGAUCAUUGUCGACGACAUUGACCUCAUCACUGUCUCCCCUGAUAUGGUCCGCGAAAGGCUUGUCACAAUUUCCCAAAAGCCACUCAUCAUGGUUGGUUGCACAGUCAGAUUCAAUCUAGAUCCCACCGGGGCACUUCCAGACGAAGACAUCAUCGCAGCUCUAGACCGAGUUGGGAUCUGGAAUGGCGUAUUACUUGAAAGAGGUGGGCUAGAUUCCGAGAUAAAAGACAAUCUAUCGCUGUCCCGAGGCGAGCAACAGCUGCUUCAGUUUGCUCGUGCAAUAUUAAAGAUACAAGCAAGCAAUGCUAGGAUCUUGUUGAUUGAUGAGGGCACCAGCAGCGUUGACACGAAAACUGACGCCCGUGUGCAAUUCCUUCUGCAACAGGAUCCAUUUCGUGCAUGUACGGUGCUUACGGUUGCACAUCGUGUCCACACUCUCUUAAGUUACGAUUUGAUUAUCGGUCUAGAUCGGGGCAAGGUGGUAGAGAUGGACAAGCCUAUAGUUCUGAGAAAUCAGAAAGACAGUAUCUUUGGCAACCUUAUCAAUAGCGGCGGAUGA